AUGACACGCACAUCACGGAGUACCCAUGAGGCGGUUUGGUACUUUACGUACAUUAUGGUACAGCGCGGUGGUAUCGUAGUUUUGACAAUGGGCCUAUCUCUUGUAGUUUUCUGCAGUGUGACAACUGUGCGCUCAGUGAUACCAAUGCUGGUGGAACCAGGGACUUUAGGCUUCAUGAUUUUGUACGGCCUAUGCUGUAUACUAUCAUUCGGUAUUUUGUUUAAUUACGUUGCUGUCGCUUGCCUCUGUGGACCAAAUAUAGACCCGAAGGAAACGAAAAGAUUGACAGAGCAGGCCGAGGCACUGCCCCCUCAGGAAAGAUGCCGACUGUUGGACGCGCCGAGGCGCUUUUGUCACAUAUGCGAGCGUCUAAAAGCGCCGCGUGAGUACCACUGCCGGAUAUGUGGUCGUUGCAUUGCAAGGAGGGACCACCACUGCCCAUGGAUAAACAAUUGUGUUCAAGCGGAAAACAACCGUUACUUUUUAAUGAUGGUGUUGUACUUGUUGCUUUCAACAGGUUUUGUGUCAUCUAUGUUAUGUGCAAUAUACACACAUUCCGUGUGGCACGGCUCCACUGUAGCAGCUCGUGAUGUCAAACGGUCAACAUCGCAUCAGUUCUGCAAAAGUGGAGUUUACUCUUCUCCGAUAUUGUUGCUUUUUGGCGUUUGCAUCAUUACGUUCUUCAUACUUCUCUUCCUAUUUGGAGCGGCCACACUUGCGGCGCUACGGAACGAAACAGCUGUGGAAUCAUUCAUUGUGGCACAAAAACAAAGUGCCUUUCAAGGGAGUUUGGUUCCCUUUCGCAAUCCAUAUGACCUUGGCCGACAACGUAACUUACUUGCAUUAUUCGAAACGAAGGGAGAUCCAUUGAUUACACAUUUAAGGAGAGGAGGCCGCAUAUCUAACAUUUGGAUUGGUGUGUGGCUUCUGCUUCCCACAUUACGUCCCUCUGCAUUUGACGGCAUGCAUUAUGUUGUCUUUGAUGACGUGGUGCAUGCCGUUUAA